AUGUCGGCCCCAACACCAGCCUUCUUCGCCGGCCCCCUACGGUACUGCCGCUGGGCCGCCCGCGAGCGCCCCGCAUACUUCUUCUCCGUCAUCAUCGGCGCCGUCGGCCCUCUAAUGCUAGCCACCGUGCCCCCCGCCAUGAAGCGCCUGGGUUACGAGCGCUCCCCGCCGAUCCCCUUGACGUAUCCCAUUCCUACCGGUCCGCGAAAGACGCUAACCGGCUACGACGACUGA